GCGUUACGCUUUGUGGCGACCAAUCAUCGACGUCGACUCCACUUCACUUGUCAAUUCGAUGUAACUGAGAGCGGUCGUGUCGCUACAGGGCUCAUUGUAGUUCGCCACGAAAGCCCUUAAACAGUGCCUAUUCAAAUGUAGUCCCCUUCGUGCUGCCAAAUCAAAGGCUAACUACUGAAUUUCGAGAGGAAAAUCGAUGAAAACAUCCGUCGCGGUCUAGAUCAGAGGUCGACCGUCGCCGCACGUCGUGAAAGCCUAUCCCGAUGGGUUGAGAACGCCGACACCUCGUGUUUGUGGUCACACCACUGACGCUGGUACCAAGACAAGUAAUAAAGAAAUAGGUGAGAGAGACACCAAUAGAAUCGCUGAAGCUGAGCCCAAUGUGGGACCCCGCGCCCGCCGGCUUCUCCCCUGCACCGUGAACGCGAAGCUUUGCAUCUUUGAUGCUCGCUCCCCCUCUAGAAAAACUCAUAUACUCACUCUGUCACUUCAUUAUUAUUAAAUUCCUCAACAUCUUCUUUAUCUUAUAGUUUAUUUAUAUUAAUUUGUCGAGCAUAAUCAGCACAAUGAGCAAGAUACUGAAAGUUGUUGGCGCCUCUUGGAUGCAGACCAAGAUCAGCUCUUACAUCCUAGGCUUGCUUGGCGUCCUGGCCAUUUUGGCUCUAUUUUUUGGACAAAUGGAAAGGAGCCAAGAGGAUGGAAACUAUGCGGCUACAGUGUUUUAUAACGAGAAAACUGGAUAUAGCAUAGAGUUCUGGGGCCAAAGCAACGAACUGGCGCAGAUACAAAGAGGAGUCGCCAGAGCAUACUUUAGAAUGGAUAUUGAUACAAAUGGGUGGUCGCUCUUAGAAGUAGAAACUGAAGGUUCUUACCCGGACGAGAUCCAAGCGUAUGCUGCAGGCAUCGUGGAGGGGGCUUUGACCUGGUCCCUCAUCCACAAACAUCUGGAGAACACCAUCCGGGCCAAGUGCGAUGGAACUCCGUUGGAGAAGCAGUGUAAUAAGCUGAAGGAUACCCUGGACAAGUCAGUGGAUAAGUGGAAGAGUUAUGCUGCAGACCGCAGCAGCACCGACCCACUAUGGCAUCAGAUCUCUUUAUACUACAUACAAAUUAAUGGCAUCUUUACGGGCUGGAAACAUGGAGUGGAACGAAGCCAGUGUGAAUACGACACAGAUGUCUCUGAUCUCUAUUGGUUGAACUCUAUGGCCGAAGUCGCGGAAAUCCAACGCAUUCUGAACAUCACCCUGGAAGAUUCCACUAUUCAAAACGUGCCUGACUUGUCAACUGCCUUCGUGAGAAUCGCCAAUGAAACAUCUGAGGAUGGAACAACAACCAAGAAGCUCUACUUAGCUCAAAAUAAGGCUGGAAGUUACUCAUCUAUGACGCGAAUACUGAAGAGGUACAAGUUGAACUACCAUUUGACUUCAAAGGACACCGCCAGCAUCCCUGGCCAGACGGUGGACUUCUCAGGAUACCCUGGGUCGGUCACUAGUCAGGACGAGUUCUACCUGAUCCGGGGAAACAACCAUAGACUAGCCGUUACUGGCACGCCAUUGAGAAAUUAUAACGACAAACUUUGGAAAGACGUCAACAUUACUGAACAAGUUCCGGCCAGCCCUCGCAUUUAUGCCGCAAACCAUCUGGCGGUGAACGCUAGCUGCUGGGGCCGCGUGCUGGCCAGCAGUAACUCCGGCACCGCCAGCAAGCAAUGGCUGGUGCUGGACUACAGCAAGCUGGACCGCCUGCAUGACGUCACACCUCCACACGAACAUCUACAUACCCACUACAAGCACAUAGCAUUGCUUGAGAGUGAGACAGAUGGCGUGAAGCAUUUUGUGGCAUAUCACAAUCACAGCCACGGCAAAGGUCUCCUGUUUCUGGUAGAACAAGUUCCGGGGCGCACCCAUUCUGCAGACAUAUCAGACGUUUUGCUAGACCAACACUACUGGGCUACCUAUGGACUUCCCUUCUUCAAAGAUGUAGCAGUCACAACAAAUGUAACAAAAAUGGAAGAAAAGUACGGCAGUAUAUUUUCCGAGACCCAUUCUCCCCGGGCCGCCAUGUUCAAGCAAAGCUUUAAUAACGCCACCUCGUUGGACAGCAUCAUACAGCUGUUGAGGCAGAACAAUGUUACAGCCAUGAACCGAGCUAAUAACGAAAGCACCGAGUGCUCUGGUCUGUCAUGCCUGGUGGAGGAACAGGGGUACUGGUCCGUGCUGGGUGUUCGCGGAGACAUAGUUCGACAUAACAAGGAAGCGUAUGGAGUUAUUGAUACCAAAGUUAUUAGUGGAGCAGUUAAUGAAACAACGUUAAAUUUCACCGUAGUAGCUGGUCCACCCUUUACAGAAAUUGCACAACCCAACAAUACCAAGCUUAAUAAGGGUAAUAUAGCACCCAUUUAUACUCACCAGUUUGACAAUAAGCCAGAUAUCAAUGGUCUUGAAAUAAAAAAUCUAGUUCUCCAGCAAAUAGAGGAAGCCGAACAGGAAACCCUCGAGAUCCUGAACAGAGAUGCCGUCAAACCUUUCCAAUGGUCCACCAGUGAUUACAAGAACAGAAAACAUGUUGGUCUUCCAGAUACAUGGGCGUUUACCAAAUUUCAACCGAAAUGGUCGUGGUAAACAGUUUAUAAACCUAUUGCCGGAUAUAAAAUAUUUAACAAACAAGUACCUCUAAAUGAAUUUUGCGGACGUAGGUAUUAUGGUGCCACAUGAGAAGUUAAUUUAGUAUCCUAUGCGACAAUCGGUCUAAUUAUCUAUAAUUAUUUAAUCGCUUAAUUUAUAAAUACUAGGUACUUAGUGUGUAAUAGUGAUUACCUUUGUCUGAUACCUUGACAUCCACCAUAGUUUUAAAGUUACCUAUGUACUUAUUUAUUUAAAUUAGAGAAGCAGAUAAUUUUUUAUAAAAUUAUUUUCCCUUAUUUUUUGUACAUGAGAAACUGUUACUUGAUACUUAGGAAAAAUUCCAACUGAUCAGACAACAAAGUAUUUAUAAAAUUUGUUUCCAGAUCAUAGAUUCGUACUUAGGCUUAAUUGUUAGUUUCCACGAAGUCUGGUAAGAUUUACAUAAGAUUGGCCAGCUACUUUAAUCUGCGUCCUUAUCUGAGCCACAGAUUAGACAAUACUUCUAGUACCUGAGCUAUCGAUGCUCAGUUCAACUACGUAGCUUUUUCUGCGAUAUUUAACGGAUCUAUUUUGAAUGUUGUUCUUGUCUCCUUAUUUGUGAAUUUGUCUAUUUCGAGAGGUUGCUGGGUCUCACUAUAUAGGUACAUACUAUAUCAGUAUGUAGGUAUUGUGCCUGUAGCUGUAUCACUGUAUGUCUGUCUAGCCUAAAGUUUUGUUUCGUCAUAAUAAUAAUUGUAAUAAUUUACAACUUUAUGUAUCUUCCUAAAAAUAUAUUUUAUAUGUAUUUUUCCUAUUAUAUUUGAAUGAGAAUUUUACUCACUUCAAUAUCUUAUUCCUAUUUUUAAUUAUAAAUGGAUUUGUUUUAUACAUAUAACUAAUUACUUAAUAGAAUUUUAAUAAAAAUGAAGUGGCUUAAAAUAGAAACAUUUCGAUUUUGCUCUCGAAAUAAAAUGUUUCAUUUUAACAUUA